GAGGAGGACCUCGGCCGGUGGGCGCUGCACCCGCAGUCCAGCCACGUCGUCGUGGCCGCGCUCGCGAGCUGCGCCGAGGGCGACGCGCAGGCCAUCGCCCUGCGGCUGCUCGAGGGCGGCCAGGACGGGGUCGUCGCGCUCGCCAGGAACCGCUUCGGAGCCGGCGUGGUCCGCACGCUGCUGAGGCUCCCCGACCCGGCCUCGCAGGGCGCCCUGCGGCUGCUCUGGGGCGCCGCGCCUCGGCUGUGGCCGACCAGGUAUGGGCGCACGCUGCUCCGGGAGGUGGGCAUCGUGCCGGCGGAGGCCCCCGAGGCGCCAGAGGAGGGCGCGCCGCCGAGCUGGCGGAGGGCGGUGCGAAGCCUCGACGGCUCGAGACGUCCACUGACGCAGGAGUCGGUCGUGCCUGGUCGCAAGUCCUGGCCAGUUCAGCACCUGCCCCGUUGGCCCGCGAUGGCCGCCACUGGCGCUCCGCGGCGAGCGGUACGGCUCGCAUUGGUGGCGGGGACGGCCUGGCAUCACGGAGUGCGAUCAAAGCGUGCCGCGGCCGCGCGGCUGGUUCCCACGGCGACGCUGAACAGUGUAGCGCAGCUGCCUCCACCGCCAGGUGAAGUACACAAGAGAGAACAUCGCGAGUCCACCCAGAGGAGAACGGCUCGUACCUUGAAGAUACGGAGCUUCAACGCCGAAUCCCUACGGGUGGUCGGCCGCCUCGACGAGCUGCUGCGGCUCGCCGAGAACGAGACCGUGGCCAUCUUUACCAUGCAAAGCACCCAUAUGGACCUCGGCAUGACAUGGAAAACGGGACAGUUCGAGGUGCUUUCCCUGGCGCGCUCAGGGAAGGGCCAGCGCGACGGCUGCCUCAUCGCCACCAACAUGACGCACUUCAAGAGCUUCGAGGUCCGCUGUGAACAAGUAUGGAUGCAGGGGCGGAUUCACGGCAUUCGCCUCCGCAGCUCCCACAGCGCCUGCUACGGGCUAGACAUCUACACCAUGAGCGGCUAUGCUCCCACUAAUGAGCCAGGUCGACCUCCCCAGGGCGCUGAUCCUAAUGCUCUCCGUUACGCCCAUCUGGCCCUGCGGGAAGCGCUCUGGCAGGCAUGCCGCAAAGCCAUCGGUCAGGUCCCUGCGCGCGCUGCUUUGGUCCGCGCGCUGGACGCCAACGCCCAUUUACCCCCUCAUCUUCCAUUGGUAGGCUACGCUGGUGCGAGCCAUAAGAUCCCAACCAUCAGCGACACUGGGCACUCGCCGAUUGACCUGAUGGAGGAUCACGGCCUCCUGGCGCUCAAUACUUCCGGCAGCACAAAGAGAUGCAACGGCGCGUGGCGCAGCCCCAUCGGCUCCCGGGCGAUCAGGAGUGAGAAGCGCCAGCGAACGGUGGCGCCCGCGGAGCUCGCCGAGCAGGCAGCUGGCCAAACCAACCUGAGGAAGCUCCACGCCACCGCAAGAAAGGCUUGGAAGGUGGCGGUCGACAUGUCGGCGGCCCCGCUACUGCGGGUCUCCGAGGCGGCCCGGGCCCUGGGGAAGGCCUCCCAGAGGUUCAAGGAUGGCGAGACGGUCCUCUUGCGCAAGCCCAAGGGCGACGGCAGCUCCGCGAAGCACGACUACCGCGCCAUCAGCCUGAUUGGCCUCGUGGGCAAGUCCUCUGCGCGGGCCGCCGCCCUGGACGCGCUGCGCGCCGUUGCGCAUCGUGUCCCUCCCACGCAGUUCGGAGCCAUGCCUGGGCGUGGCACCCGAGGCGCGGUGGCGAUAACCUUGGAGGGCUCGAGGAUCUUCAAGUACGAGGGGGGCGCUCGCAUGACCAUGGAGGAGCUCCGCGACGGCAUGUGCUACUUGUUCCGCGACAAGCUAGCGGCUAAGGUUGCGGAGGUCCAGGCUGGACAGAACUACGCGAGCGUCUCGGUCUACUUUGACCCCUCCCUCGAGCGCGUCAGAACCAAUCGCGGCAUGGAGGCCGAGGGCUGCGCCGCGGUCGACGCCAGCCGCCCCGAGUUCUUGGAUGGCUUGUUGGGAUGCCACGGCGUCAAGCUGGCAGCCAAUGGUAGCUGCCAGGUCGAGGUGCCCUUCCAGUUCCAGCGGCUCCCGACGGGCAAGGCGAUGUUCGAGCCGACGGGCGCGGGCUAG